AUGAUCGGGUUCUGGGAAGCUCUAGAACAUUCUGGAAUUAACCCCGAGAACUUGAAAAACUCGUUGACCGGUGUGUUUGGAGGAUUUUGGCGAGACGAUUACAAAGAAAUGCUGCAACAAAUUGGCGUGAUAAACGAAUCAGAUUUCUUUCGUGUUUACAUGGGCAAUGCUCUCGGCACUCUUACGGCAAGAAUUUCUCACUACUUCGACCUUGCUGGGCCAGCAAUUUCCACCGAGUCGGGAUGUUCAACUUCGAUUGUGGGCGUGGACCUGGCUUGCGAAAAUUUAAGAAACGAAAACUGUAAAUUGGCCAUUGCGAUGGGCUGCAACCUUUUAAUCCACUCUUUUAGUGUGAAUAUGCUGAACCUCGUAGUUUCCCAAAAUGGGCGAUGCAAAACGUUUGACGCUGAUGCUGAUGGGUUUGGAAGGGCAGAGGGAGUAGCUGCAUUAGUGCUCAAAAGAUUUCCUGACGCUGUCGCAGAUGGGGACAGGAUUUGGGGAUUGAUUCGAGGAUCGGCUGUGGUGCAGGAGGGACCAAGUAAAAGCAUGGGAACACCAACGGUGGAUUGUGAAGCCCUUGCAAUGGAACUAGCAUUGGAAAGAGCUGGGGUCCACCCAAAAGAUGUAAGCUUUGUGGAAACGCAUGGCACAGGUACGCCGAUUGGUGAUCCAUUAGAACUUGCAGCAGUUGCCAAAAUUUACUUAAAAGAAAGAACCGACGUGUUGACUGUCGGGUCACUGAAGACAAAUUUAGGUCACACGGAGAGCGUGUGUGGAAUAGCAGGGAUAAUUAAAACUGUUUUGUCAAUGAAGCACGAGCUUAUUCCAAAACAUCUCAAUUUUAAGAGCCUCAAUCCAGAUAUAAACCUCACUGGUAUGCAGCUUCCAUUGGAGGCAAUUGAGUGGAAAAAGAACGAAAGCGGAAAACCACGAAUUGCGGGCGUCAGCUCUUUUGGAAUAACUGGGACAGACGCGCAUGUAAUUAUUCAAGAGACCCCUCAAGCUCCUGAAAAUUUAAAUUUCACGACAGCCGAACCUCGACAAUUACGAAUAUUCACAUUUUCUGGAAAAUCUGAGGAGUCUCUACGACUUCAAUUGAAAGCAUAUCGCAAUUUUUUGCAAUCCCAUUUAGAUAGAAAUUCCCUCAGACUUGAAGAUGUGGAAUUUACGCAGCACAUUGGACGGUCACAUUUUGCAUAUCGUAAAACAAUAACAGCAUCAACUAUUGAGGAGCUGAUCAAAGAGAUUGACGCCGAAUUGGAGGCACCCUUGACCAAAAGUAAACCGUUUACAACAACGGGGGCGACAACUCCCAAGAUUUGCUUUCUUUUCACGGGACAAGGUUCCCAGUAUCCUGGAAUGUCAAAGUCCCUCUAUGACAGCAGCCUUGUUUUCUCGACCCACUUUGACAAAUUGGACUCGAUGCUAAGCGCAUCUUACAAUUUUCGGCUGAAGGAUAUCUUAUGGGGUGACAAGUCGGGCUUGUUGAAACGAACGCUCUACAGCCAGACGUCCAUUUUCUGUGUGGAAUAUUGCCUGCUUAAGUUAUGGGAAUCGUGGGGGAUAAAACCUGACACUGUGCUUGGUCACAGCUUAGGCGAAUUUGGAGCCGCUGUGGCAGCUGGAAUAUUGUCACUAGAAGAUGCUUUGCAUUUGGUGGUCAGUAGAGCAGGUCUUGUAGAUGUUCUACCAAAUGCGGGAAUGAUAGUCGUUGGUGCGAGCUUGGCCACUGUAGAAAAUCUAUUGAAGCAAAUUUCUGUUAGAGAUAAUAUAUGGCUGGAUAUUGCCGCUGUUAAUACGGAUCAACAAACUGUGCUGGCUGGUCCCAAUGAUUUUGUCCAAAAGUUUGCACUGUACUGCGAAAAUAACAACUUAAAGUCUCACAUUCUGGACGCAAACCACGCAUUCCACUCGAGACUAAUGGACCCCGUUCUAGAAACGUACAAUGCAAUAGCAUCAACUAUUGUCUACAACCAACCCAACAAAUGCAAAUUCAUAUCGGGAAUGGAAGGGAAAGUCAUGAAACAAGUGGACGCAAACUACUGGACCAAGCAAACCAAGGAGAGGGUUCGAUUUAUGGAAGCAUCGGAAACUGCACUCAAAGAUGAAAACACAAUUUUUAUUGAAAUUGGACCACAUCCCGUUCUCACUGCAAUGAUGAUGAUCAAUUCGGACAAUGUGGAUAUAGACGAUCCAAUCGUCUGUCAGCCAUCUCUUCGGAGAAAACAUGACGACUGGGCUACCAUUUUAUCCAGCCUGGGAAAACUUUACACCAUGGGCUUUCAAAUAAAGUGGCAAAAUUUUCACAGGUUUUCUCAAGGAAUGAAAAUAGACCUACCCGGACAUGUCUUUGAGGAGAAACAGUACUGGUUAUCAAUUCAGGAAGAUGGAACCAUUCCAUUUCAUCCGUUGGUGGGAGCACACCUUCCCAACGCUUCUGGUGUCAAGAUUUUCAAGAAUGAUCUAUCCGUGCACCGAGUUCCUUUCUUGCAAGACCAUGUUCUUGGAAAUAAAUUAAUUUUCCCAGGUGCAGCAAUGCUAGAAAUGUGUCUCGUGGCAGGAUUCGCAUCAACAUUUCCCUCUGAAGGGAACUACCCCGGCGGAACUACAACUUCCGGAAUUUGUGUCAAAAAUUUUUCAAUCGAAUCGCCAGUUUGUCUCAACGACAAAAAAUCAACCGAAUUUCAAGUUGUAGUUACAAAGUCAAAUGACUCUGGAGAUCCUGUGAGCACCGUCUAUACGAAACUCUAUUUGGAUUCAAGCAACUUUAAAUGGAUUCGACAUGCAUCGGCAACUUUUGACUCGUCGCCUGCUGCUGCUCCCACAACCGAUGUCCUCUCUCUGGACUUUAUCAAGUCUCGAUGCACGGAACAAAUUUCGUCCGGUUAUGACUACAAGGCGAUUGAAGACCUCGGAUAUAAUUUCGGACCAGCUUUUAAAAUUCUGAAAACCGCAUGGACAGUCAAAGAAGAAGCUUCUCUUUCUUCCUCUUCGCAAGACUUUUUAUUUGAAUUCAAUGCUACUGAUGAUCCAGAUCAGUUUAAAGUACAUCCAUGUGUCAUUGACGCGAUGUUUCAAGCCCAAAUCCUCGGCAUGGGAAUGCGGAUCAACAAACCGUAUUCUAAAACCAUGAUGGUCCCACUGCAAGUCGAGAAUUUUACAUGCUGGGGAUCACCUAAAACUAAAUCUGGCUACAUUUACGUAACCCAAGCAGAGGCUGAAGGUGAGAAGGAUGUCUAUCUUUACGAUAGCACCGGCCAAUUAAUUGCGAAGAUGAAAGGUACUGAGUUUGUCGAAACGACGUUGAAUAACAUUAACGCUCUUAUCGACUCUCAAAAAAAUCCUUACCCCCGGAUGUACGAGCAAGCAUACAGGGAUUUCCUUGGGCCUUGCGAGCGACGCGUGCGCCACGAUGAUUUUACAGCUCUCAAAUUUACAGAAGCCGAGUCAGUAAAGCACAACUCCUUUACCCCAGAAGAAGAGGACUUUUAUAAUUCUUCAAACGAAUUGUUUGCGCUUUACAUGGUUAAAGCCUUGGUAAAAUUAGGGUUUAACGAGAGAAUUGCAGUUGGACAAGAUUUUCAAUGGCCAGAUAUUUCCGAAGAGCUAAACGUUGCUGCUACACAAAAUAAAUUUUUGAGAUACAUUCUUAUGGAACUGGCAGAGGACAAAUGGCUUCAAAUCACCCACACCUCACUGGAAAGGAUAAGCUUUAAAGUCAUCAAAGCAUUCACAAACUCUGAAACUCUUUCUUCAAGAAUUGAAUACCUUAAGAAUCAAAUUCGAUCAAGACCAGUUGGCGUGCAAGACGUAAAUUGUGUCGAACCUCUCGGUGAAAACUUGUCUGACAUUUUGUCUGGCAACCUGUCGGCGUUGUCAAUCCUCUUUCCUGAAGGGACCAAUGUUCGUGGACCUGCUGAAAUUUAUUAUACGGAUUCGUUAUUUGCAAGGAAAAGUGAACUGCUAACCCAAUAUUCGAUACCACAAUUUGUGAAUAAUUUUACUCGUCUUCCAUCCGAAAAAGCAUCACUGUCCAAACCAAUUGUUAGGAUUUUAGAAGUCGGGGCAGGAACGGGAGCCGCCACUAAACUCAUACUUCCGCUCCUUGUCAACGACAACAAUAAUUCAAAGUUUGAGUACACAUAUACGGAUAUCUCGAAUGCAUUCUUGCAUAAAGGAGAGGAACUAUUUGAAAAUACUGGAAUACUGACAAAAUUUGAUGUUCUCAACAUUGAAGAAGAUCCACUUACGCAGGGAUAUAUCCCUGGGCAUUAUGACGCGGUGAUGGCAUCCUAUGUUGUCCAUGCAACUCGGGACAUUAAAGAAACCCUCAACAACAUUAAGAAGCUUUUAAAGCCAUCUGGAAAUUUGAUCAUGCUCGAGUUGACAAAUCCAAACAGACCCGUAAAAUUACUGUUUGGUGGCUUGGAACAAUUUUGGAGUUUCAAUGAUGUGAACCUACGUCCUUAUAACUGCGAGUUAUCUGUAUCAAAAUGGAAACAAGUCUUCCAAGAGUGUGGGUUUAUCGAUUUUGCAUCGUUAAACUCUUAUAACUGGAAAAAUGCUUUAAUUUCUGGACGAUUGGACCCAAAUGCAAACGUGUUUCAAACCAACGUCAUGGAUUCUUUCAAUCUCACGCACAAUAAUUUGCCAACAUGGGUGGUUUUUGGAAAUAACGAUGCCGCUUGCAAUGAGAUUGUAUUAAAACUCCAACAAUGUGGAAGAAGGGUAGUGCUAGUAACACCGAGCCAAUUUACUGCAAGCAAAUUGGAAGAAGAGAUUUUUAAAAUCUUGAGCGAUUCAUUUACAAAAGAUUCCGCCCGUCCUGAAGGCAUUGCUUACCUGUGGGGGCUGAGCAAUUCCUUUACAUACCAAGAAAUUAUCGAACCAUAUCUAUACAUUGGAAAAUAUUUGUCGCACGCUGCUGUGAACGUGAAAAUCAUUGCUUUUACUCGAGGCAACUUGAGCACUGGGCCUUCAGAUUUUGUUUUCAACCGACCAGAUGCGUCUCCACUGAUAGGACUCACAAACGCCAUGAUAAACGAAAUUCCUGGCCUAAUUGGAAAAUGUAUUGAUAUGGACCAAGUCUCAUCUGGAGAUCCGGACAUUGUUUUGGAAGCAUUCACAGAAAUAUUUACAAUGGACCAAGAAACAAUCGUCGUCUACCGAAAAAAUCGUCGACAUGUUCCUAGGCUUCAGCCGUAUAGGAUGCGAAACAAUUCGGUAGAAAUCCCAUCGUGCAGUCGAUAUCGGAUGAUAUUACCCACGAGCAAUAUGAUAUCUGACCUUCGCUUCGCUCCCUUCAAACUACCACCGCUGGGUGACGAUGAAAUUGAGAUUGAGGUGAAGGCAUAUGCCAUGAACUUUCGUGAUCUGAUGGUCGUCAUUAAACCGGAUCCUGUAUUUGAAUCGUUCACAACGGUGGGGAUUGACUAUUCAGGUGUGGUUGUGGGAGUUGGGUCGAAUAUUGACUGUUGGAAGAUUGGAGAUCGAGUUUUAGGGGCCAGAUGUGAUGGGAAUGCGAUGCCAAGCCAUGUCAUAACUAAAGGGAAGCAUGUUUACCAAAUGCCUGGCGGAAUGACUUUUGCUGACGGAGCCACACUUCCAGUGGCAUACACCACAGUCAGCUUGUGCUUUCUCGAAAUUGCAAAAAUCAAAGAAGGUGACGUAAUUUUAAUCCAUACCGCAUCAGGAGGAGUCGGGUUAGCCGCGAUUGUGGUCGCUCAGUGGAAAAAAUGCAAAAUAGUUGCUACUGCUGGAAGCCAUCGGAAAAGACAGUACCUUCGAAACCUUGGAGUGGAACAUGUUUUCAACUCGAGGACAACUGAAUAUGAGCAUGAAAUCCGGAAGGCGUUAGGAGGCAGAGGUGUCACCGUGGUACUAAAUUCUCUCACUGGACCCGGUUUUAAAGAAGCGACUCUUGCAAUCUGUGAACAAGGGGCUCGGUUCAUUGAAAUGAGCAAAAUGAACAUUUGGAGCAAGGAUCAAGUCAGUGAACUGAGACCCGACGUGAUGUACAAAAUUGCGGAUCUUGCUACGAUGACGCCCUCCGAACUAAAUGACACGUUCAUGCCCGUCAAAACGAUGCUUGAUGAACAAGAACUCGGUGGUCACACGAAACCUCUACCGCACACUAGAUUUGAUUUAACCGAUAUCCGUGACGCCUUUGAAUUCAUGCAAGAAGCGAAACAUUUGGGGAAGAUAGUAAUUGCUAUGCCUGAACCUGGAAAAAAUAAUCUGUCGGGUAGAGAAUGCAACGCUACUCUUUUUAACGAUAAUGCUACAUACUUGAUAACUGGGGGCUUCGGGGGAAUCGGCCUUGAGGUGGCAAAAUGGAUGAGCCGAAAUGGUGCCAUGCAUAUUCUUCUUUGUGGUAGGUCACCACCCACAAAGGAGGCUGAAGAGCAGAUAAAUGAAAUUAGAUCUCGGGGUGUCCAUGUCAUGGCUCAACAAUGUGAUGUCGGAAACUUUGAAGCGUGUCGGCUUUUGAUUGAAGAAAUUAAUAAAGAACGGUACGAUCCUGUCAGCAACACAACAUUUCGCCAAAGUCCACCUCUUCGCGGAAUAAUGCAUGCUGCCGGAGCUUUAGCCGACGGGACUCUAGAUGUCCAAACGUGGGAACGAUUUGAAGCCGUUUUCAAUGCAAAAGUCCGAGGAAGCUGGAAUCUUCACCAGCUUACACUUGGACUACCGCACCCCCUGGAACACUUUGUCAUGUUUUCUUCUCUUGCUGCACUCUUCGGAUCAAUCGCCCAGUCAAAUCAUUGUUCCGGAAAUUAUUAUCUGGAUUCGUUAGCUCAUUACCGCAACUCUAUUGGACUUCCUGGGGCCACAAUAAAUUGGGGUCAGUGGGGCCAAGUCGGUGUCGCAGCAAACUUGAAUAUCCCAGGUCUAAUGCCAUUUACAGUUGUUCAAGGCCUGGCCGCGUUGGAGAAUACCCUGAAAACUAAUAAAACCCAGAUAGCCGUUUGCGAAGGGGACGUGGGUUUGGGUCGGAAAGCUUUUCCUAGUGCCAAACAGCUUCUCUCUGAACUUGAAGAAUGUAAAGCUGACUUAUCUAAAGAGCUAGAUGGUGAGGUAUUUUGGAAAGAGUAUGAUGUGACAGAAACUCGAGAACAGAAAUAUGACGUUGUACGAAAAUAUAUUAAAACAAUUCUCCGGUUAAACUUGAAGUUGGACAAAAACGAAGAAAUUGACGACCACGUCAGCUUCGCCGAAAUCGGAAUGGAUUCAUUGAUGAUGGUCGAGAUGAAGAACGGUCUCCAAAUGUCGGUGGGGAAAAGGGUAAAAAUUUCCAUUGCUUCGGUAAAAGAUUGCAAAACUGUUGCGCAACUUUCACUACGACUUGUAGACUUGAUUUCCGGAAAGGUAGAAAUACCACCUCCGACAAGAGAAGAAUUGCGAGAUCUUAUCAUUGAAGACUCGAUUCUACCAAGUCACAUAUCUGCGGAUGCAGCUUCUAUAAAGAAUUUUAAGAAACUCUCUGAAAUUUCUACAGUUCUAGUUAGUGGUGCAACAGGGACGCUAGGCCCCUAUGUCGUAUAUGAAAUUCUGAAACAACCAUCUGUUCAGAAAGUCUACUGUUUAAUGAGAGAAAACAAAAUAUUUUCACCUUUGGAAAGAUUUCGACGAAUUUUUAAGGACAAGAAAUUGCUUCAAUUUGUUGAUUUGAACAAGAUUGAUUUUGUCAUUGGAGAUGUUUCUGAGCCAAACUUAGGAAUGUCUCAAUUUGACUAUGAGCGACUUGCUGCUGAAGUGGAAGCAGUUUUCCAUCUUGCCGUAAAAUCAAGUUUGGACGAGUUUUACGCCAAAUCUGACGACCCUAAACAUUCACGAAACAUUAACGUGUCUGGGAUGAAGAAUAUUCUAACAUUUUCGGUGGAAGAGCGUUUAAAAUAUGUGUACAAUGCUUCUACCAUGAUUGCUGAAACGAAUGUAGACGAGACUGGAAGAUUUUGGGAGGAUUGGCCAAUCGAAGGAGAAUUUGAUAAUCAGGCGAAUUCUUCCUAUCCAAUUUCCAAGUACGUUUGUGACCUCUUAUUGACCCAAGCAGUAGAAAGAGGUGUUCCCUGCAAGUCCUUUCGUAUUCCGAACAUUGGGGGUGAUUCCAUUCAUCACGGAAAUUUCCAAAUUCUUGACAGCCAUUUAAUGAUAAGAAUGUUGGCUUACAUGUACAUGGGAAUGAUGCCAGCGCAGAACCUACCAAUGUCCAUCAUCCCGGUUGACCUAUGUGCUAAAUUUACGAUUGAACUGUUUUUUAAUGAAGAAACUGGAUUUGAAAUGUUCAAUGUGGCAAAUCCUAGCAUAUUUGAUGAACGUGAGUUUGACGAGGUAGCCCUCGAGUUUGGAGUACACAUACAAGUUUUAGAGCCAGAUGAAUUUAUUGAGAGAGCAAAAAAAUUGGAUAUCAAUGACGAUGUAAUUCAGAUCGUGAGAAUCGCAUUGGCUCGAGAAAAUGAGAAAGAGUACAUGGAGGACAACUUACCAAAUGUAUAUGUAAAAUGGAUUCAAGGGGACAAAGACGUUUUUCUUAGCAAAAAGUUGUGCAAAUAUUUACCAAAUGAAUAUCCCACUCGCAUGGACUCGUCCUUAGAAAUUCUUAAGCGUGAUCUACAGUACGCUAGAGACACUGGUAUUUUUGAUAAAUUUGGAAUUAAAUAUUCAGAUUCUACUUAAUCAAUGUCAGUGUCUUUCAGGAUGCAGUAUAUAUGUAUUUAACAUGUUCUAUAGUGUCAGCGAGUAAUUCAAUAUCGAAGUUUACAAAGAAUUUAGAUUAAUAAUAGAGACCCAAAUAUAGUGUAUGUAUGUAAAUAUUUUCUACUAAUUAAUUCUAAUAUAAGCUAUCUCAUUUUCAUGUUUAUCACUUUCUAGUCAUAAAACCACAAUGUAUAAUAAAUUUUAG